AUGAUAUCUGAGUUCUUUACACGUAACCUGCAUCGAACAGUUGAUUUUCUGUCAAAGGUUGGGCUUGUGUCGGAAGAAAUUGAUGUGAAGCUUGAGCCAAAAGAGUACCUGUCCUUGACAUACCAAAACAUUAAAGAGUAUCGCAAGGCAUACACGUUUCUGCUGUGUAGGGCCAGCAAGCGUCAUUUAGAAGAAGUUGUGUUCUGUGAAUGCUGCUCCCGCCGCAUAAAUUUCAUAAGAAACAUAAAUCUGGCCAUCCACCUGAACAAGAAGGUGAAUGUGCACUGGAUUGGUGCAGAAAGGGAUGAAUUUCUGCUAUACAUAGAAGGGAAAGUAAAAAAGGAUGUUGAUGUGUUGGUGCAGGCAGUUUCGAUUAAUCCUUGGUUUUGGGAUGCAUAUUUGGAACUUGCUGAGCUGAUCACACCAGAUAUUGUUGACUCUGUAAACAUAUCUGAGGGAUUGAGUGACUUUUUCUUUAUGCAUCUAUUCUGUACGAAGAUGAUCAAGAAGACAGCACGGCCAAUUGCUGGGGAGGGCCGUGGAUGCAAAAGAAAUCAGGCAAGUCUUGGGAGAAUAUGCGUCAAUGUCAACAUGAAGCAUCCAAACUUGGCAGGCGCCGUUCUCUAUCAUCAAAAGGACUUUUCGGGAUGCAUUGAAGUUUUUGAAGAGAUAACAAAAAACACACUAUAUUAUGAUCUGGAUUAUGUUGAUCUGUAUUCGAAUGCAUUAUACAUCAAGAAUGACGUUAAGGUGAUUGCUCUUGCAGAAAGUGCACUUAAGAUAAACAAGUAUCGAUCUGAAACCAUGUGUUGCAUAGCAAACUACUAUUCGAUGAAAAGCAAUCACGAAAAGGCAAUUGAAUAUUUCCGGCUUGGCGUGCGCCUCAAUCCAUGCUCUUCGAUUUUGCACACUCUUAUUGGGCAUGAGUAUUUGGAGAUGAAAAAGAUGGAGUGUGCAAUAAGCUCGUACAACACAGCACUUAGGCUAUGCUCCACCGAUUACCGCGCAUGGUAUAGUGCAGGGCAGGCAUAUAUAACAAUGAAUAUGCAUGAGUAUGCUCUUUUUUUCAUCAAGAAGGCGCUGGAGUGCAAGAGCACAGAUCCAAUUGUGUGGACUGCAUUAGGGCAGUGCUAUGCGAGCUUGAAAAGGGCAGAGGAGGCCAUUGCAGCCUUUAAGAAUGUGAUAGAGCUUGAAGAUGCCGAUGGAUAUUUGUACAUUGGAGAUGUAUACAAGAACGAGAAGAAGUAUAUGGAGGCAGUUGUGUAUUACGAAAAGUAUGUGGAGUAUAGUAAAGACGACACAAGAAAAAUAUGUGUAUUUCUUGAAGAGUAUUUCAGAAGGAUGCAUGAUGGUAAACGAUGCUCAUACUAUCAAAGACUUGCAAAUAGAUAA